UGUACGCCUUGGAAAAAUCGGUCCUGUUGCACAUACAACACGACCAAAAACUUGCACGAAACAAAAAUGUAUAAUUUUGACUACAACCACUGCAGUGCUGUGAAGAACAUGUCAGAGAGCUGCAAAAGACAUUUCACCCAAGAUCACUGUUUCUACGAGUGCUCGCCUAACAUAGGUCCUUGGGUUGUUAAAGUGAAUAUGAAGACCCGCAAGGAGCGUUUCUACCAGGUGCCUUUGUGCGCUAGCGACUGCGAAGCAUGGUUUCUGGCGUGUCGGGACGAGUACACCUGCACUGACAACUGGAUGCGCAACUUUGUAUGGGAGAACGGAACAAACAAAUGUCUUCCUGGGUCCGAAUGUCGCACCUUCCGUCAGGUCUAUCGCACUGCUGAUAACUUCUGUCAGAAGGUGUGGGAUGACGCGUGGAAGGUGAUGAAAGACUCUGAGGCGUGCAUGAGGCUGUGGUUCGACGGAAGUGGAGGUAACCCGAACGAUAACGUGGCGAGGUUGAAAGUGCAGGAGCUAACGGCUGUGAGCGGCGGAGGUCUGUCAGCUGUUCUGUCCCUAACAGCUGUUUACUCUUUGCUCCCACUCCUGCUUACUGUCAGGUGAUCAUAAAACAGUCUGAAUUCAAGAAACUUCUACAGCCAUUCAUAAGAGGAUGAAUUGCUUUGUCAGUACAAACUCAUCAUUGAUGAUUUUGUGCUAUUAUUAGGUUGUUAGUCUUGGUUAAUAGUAGAGUUCACCAUGACACUAGCUUAGGGAGAAGGAAGAAAGUUUGCUAAUUAAUGUAAGUUAAUUUUUAAAAUAUAGAAAUAGUGUAUUACGAGUACAUUUAGUUGAGAAGUAUACUCAGAUGGUUCACAUAAUUGUAAAACUCUAAACAUUUUUACUUUAAAUUAUUUUGACUACUUAUUUAAAAAUAUUUAUUAGUGAAACGUUAAACGAUGAUGAUAAAUUAGACUGUAUUUGGUCGUACAAAAUCAUGCGUAUACAAACAAAUAAUACGAGUUAAGUUGUUGCUUAAAGAAGUUACAAGUUUUUCUCUGGAUCUUUUAUUGUUGAAAAAUUUUAGUUUUAAGCCUUUAAUAUGUAAGGGAUUGCAUCCACUUUACAAGAGUUUAUUUGAAAGCAAAUUCUCAACACUUACUAUUUGAUAAUUCACGGUUUCGUUUUUAUGUAAUAUGCUGUCUAAACAUUGUGUGAUUAGUCUUUUUAGCUGUAUUAACAGAAUGAAAAUAUUUACUACAAAUAAGGGAAAAUGCCCAACUAAUGGAAGAGAACUUACCUGUGACAGCUUGCCACAUGACCCACAAAUUAUUUAAUGUUUCUUAACUCUUUUGGUUUAGCAAUAAGAACUGAACUAAAAAUUGUUCAUAACCUGGAUAUAUUGAGUAUUGCAAUUUAUUCUCCCAAUGUUUGGUUGCCCUCAUUAAGAGUAAAUCUUAAAAAAAAAAAUGUUAUGCACAAGUCUUUUUAAAUACUCUAAGAAAUAGAAAAGUGAUCAAUGUACAGUUUUAUUUGUACUGUUUAAUUUUAUGUCAGCUUUUAUACAAUACUUCGAAAAUAUUUUUAUACAGUUUUAUUUGUUUACAAUGUGUAUAUAAAACAUACACAGCUUAAGCUCUUGUAAGUGAGAACAUAUAUAGCUUAAGAGCCAGCUGUAGAGAAAUGACCUUGAGUUUUCCCUCAUAAGAGCAAUGUUAAAUGUUAGUCGCUUUACACCCUUAUUUUUGAUCUUUGCAUUGUGAAAGAUGUUUAAUUUUGAAGAGCGUAUUAAUACCCAUCAAAACACUUUUUAGUUUUUUGUGUAAAAUUAAACGUUUUAGUAUUUAAAUGAUGAAGUACAAACAAGAGUGAGAUUAUUCUGUAUAACCUAUAUAAAUAUAAAAAAAUUAAAAAAGCAUUUGGAUGUAAAUUAAUUAUAUCUUUAAAAUGGGACAUAAUUCUACAACUAAAAAUAAGAUCUUAAAGUGCACAAGGUUUAACAUUAAUUUGAUGGGGUUAAAGUAAAAAACUCACAAGUCAGUUGUGUGACUUAUGUUGAAUAUUGUGUGUCUCAUCAGUGAAUAUUAUUACUUACUUAUUAAUUGUAUUACAAUUCAAUUUAAUUAAGUAUUUUAAAUUCUCCAUUGUGAUAGUGUGUAUUUAAGCCAUGCAAGUAUAUGCUUGUCUCAAAGAUUAAGCCAUGCAAGUAUAAGCAUUCAUAUUAAAUUAAAAAUUAUGUAGCUUUAAUAUGAUUCAUCUUGUGUAGAUUUAAAAAUCUUUUUUUGUUCCCGGAAAUUAAAUAAUUAUACUUUA